ACGUGCGGCCGGGCGGGCGGGCGGGCACGGAGCCGCCGUCCCGCACCCGCGCACUUGCCGGAGAUGAACCGCGCCGCGCUGCGGGUCUCGCUCCUGCUCCCGCUCCUGCUCCUGCCCGCCCCGGGCCGUGCCGGCUCCGAACAGGAACACGGCGGAGAAGAGACGCCGCACUCCCCGGGGAAAGGCCACAGCCACUGGAGCUAUGAAGACCUGAAGCACUGGAGCACAGACUACCUGGACUGCGGGGGCACCAAGCAGUCACCCAUCAAUGUUGACACGGCUCAGGCCAUCUUCAGCCCUGACCUGCGGCCAAUCCAGCUCUCUGGCUACAGCCUGCCUGCCAACAAGCUGCUCAAGCUGAAGAACAAUGGGCACACAGUUGUCCUCGACCUGCCCGACUCCCUGGCCCUGACUGGGGGCUAUGCCCAGCAGUACCGAGCUGCACAACUGCACCUGCACUGGGGCUCCCCGUCCGGAGCCGGCUCGGAGCACACCGUCAACGGGCGGCGCUUCACUGCCGAGAUCCAUGUGGUCCACUACAACACCAAGUAUGACAGCUUUACAGAGGCAAUGGUUCACCCAGAUGGCCUCGCUGUACUGGGAGCCUUUCUGGAGGUUGGGCAUGGGGAGAACCAAUACUACCAUGAAAUACUUAAGCAUCUGGAUGAAAUCCAAGAAGUAGGACAGGAAACCUUGGUGCCCGGAUUCAACAUUGCAGGUCUGCUGCCUGCCAACCUGAAACUCUACUUCCACUACAAUGGCUCUCUGACCACCCCUCCCUGCUACCAGACAGUCAAGUGGACAAUCUUCAACCAGACCAUGCUGCUCUCUCAUCGCCAGAUGUCACUGCUGGUUUCAACCCUGAGAAGCCCUGAUGAUGAGCUCCUGCAGAACAACUACCGGCCCGUGCAGAACCUGCAUGGGCGACGGGUGCUGGCGAGUUUCCAGAGCCCCCCUUCAGUGAAACAUGCUCCUGGUAGUGAUGAUUCAGCAACAGCAGAAGGACACUCCAGUUCAUUUCAUGCAGGGGAUGUGCUGGCUGUGCUCUUUGGGGUGCUCUUUGCUGUCACAGCACUGGCCUUCCUGCUGUACAUCUACAAGCACCGCAGCCAGAACGCACGGCUGGACUCGCCGACCAAAUCCAAGGUCAUCUACACAGCAGCCAGCACCGAGAACACUGCGUGAACUCCACACCUCUGUGGCAGUCCCAGCCCCACUGGCUCAGCCUGUCACCCCACCUCCCCUCACUCCCACCCCACAUCAAGAAAGACCAGUGCUCCAGCACGCCUUGCCUGCACGGGCUGCCCACACGGACUGUUUGUCUUGGGGGCAGCAUUUGGCCCCAAUAGAUAUUUUUGUUAUAAAAAAGGUAAAAACUACUAAAAAAAAAAAAAAGUAAAAUCCUCCCAUGGUA